AUCAUCAAUGCGUUUGCAUUCUUAGCUACCAUCUAAUCUCUCUCUACUUUCUCUCUCUUCUCUAAUUUUAUACUAAUAACACUGCUGCUGAAUGAAAUCACCGUCGUAGCUUCACCUCUUACUUCAUUAUUCUAAGCUGAGGUAAUAACAUCGUCGUUCAAUCUACCAAGAGAGAGAAAUCAAAGAUGGAAGUGGAGUCGGUUGUUGGUGCAAAUUCAAAUUCGAAUGCUCUUCUGGACGAUGAUGGCAAAGCCAGAAGAACUGGGACGGUAUGGAGUGCGAGUGCACACAUCAUAACAGCAGUGAUCGGAGCCGGAGUGUUAUCGUUAGCAUGGGCGAUGGCGCAAUUAGGAUGGAUCUUAGGCACAGCAUCUAUCUUGAUCUUUGCUGGAGUUACUCUUUUCACUUCUAAUCUUCUAGCAGAUUGUUAUAGAUCGCCUCACCCAGUUACUGGCAAGAGAAAUCACACUUACAUGGAAGCUGUAAAAGCUCACUUAGGAGGAAGAAUGCAUAUGAUUUGUGGAUUGAUCCAGUAUAGCAAUCUCGUUGGAAUUGCAAUUGGCUACACAAUAACUACAUCUAUAAGUGUGGUGACAAUUGUGAAGAACAAUUGCAUGAAGAAGCAUAAUGGGAGUGAAGCUGAUUGCCAUUUUUCAAAUAAUCCAUCUAUUAUUGGCAUUGCAAUUGCUGAAAUCUUCCUUUCUCAAAUUCCUAAUUUUCACAAGCUAUCUUGGAUCUCCUUCUUAGCAGCAAUCAUGUCUUUUGGAUAUGCCUUUAUUGGCAUUGGGCUUUCUCUUACAGUCAUUAUCCAAGCAUUUCUCAUCUUGGAUAGUUUAAAGUCAACACCAGCAGAAAACAAAGUGAUGAAGAUGGCAAAUAGCAUUGGAAUAAUUACAAUGAGCAUUAUCUUCCUCUUAUCUGGUGGUGCUGGAUAUGCAGCCUUUGGAGCAGACACUCCUGGGAGCAUUCUCAACACCACUGGAAAUGAACAUGUGUGGCUUGUUUAUAUGGGUAAUGUCUUCAUUAUUGUCCACAUUCUUGGAGCAUAUCAGGUACUUAUCCAACCAUUUUAUCACAUAGUGGAAUUAUUGGUGAGUCAAAGGUGGGCAAGCUCAAACUUCAUAAAUAAGGAGUAUUUUGUGGGAAUUGGCAAAAUUCAAUUUAGCAUCAAUUUAUUCAGGCUUAUUUGGAGGACCAUAUUUGUGGUGGUUGCAAGUGUGUUAGCCAUGGCAAUGCCAUUUUUUAAUGACAUGCUUGCCCUUCUUGGUGCAAUUGGGUUUUGGCCUCUAGCUGUCUAUUUCCCAAUACAAAUGAUCAUUGUCAAGAGAAAUAUAAGAAAAGGAACCAUGCCAUGGAUUGGGCUUCAAUCUUUGAGCCUUGUGUGCAUGAUUGUUUCAAUUGCAGCAGCAUGUGCUGCUAUUCAUGGGUUGGGCCAAGCCCUUGGUAAAUACAAGCCCUUUAUGUAUAAGGCCUAGUACAAGCCCAAAAAAUAGAAAAACCAAAUGAGUAAGGUGUAGUAUGCAUUCAUGACCUAAAACGAUGGAAAUUCAGGUGCAGUCAACUUCACGUGAAGUUGAUAGUUGAGAGUCGUUAGAUGAAAAUUUAGUCAAAUUAGUCAAACCAUCUAACGACUCUCAAUUAUCAACUUCACGUGAAGUCCACUGCACCUGAGUUUGCACCUAAAACAAAACAUAGGGUAUAGUGUGCAUUAUCUCUACCUUAUUCUUUUAUUAUGUAUGAAGUUGGAUCCUCUCAAAUAAACAAAGAUGGAUCCUCUAAUUUUCAUGUAAGAAUAAAGAUAAGCUCUUGUAUGCUUAAUAAAUACUAUGUUUAACCAACUUGGGUUGGUCGAGUAGUCAGCUCACUCGUCCGUUUAAACAAGUGUCGGGGGUUCGAAUUCUACCUUGUGCAUGUAGCAACUCAUUGGCCAGCGGCAGAUCCUUAAAUGGAGCUCAGAUCUGCGAUGAAUUAGUCGUUGAUUUGUCGGGUUGAGGGAUACCGUAGACAAAAAAAAAAAA